AUGUACCCCCACCCACACUUCAUUCAGACGACGCUUACAUCGACCAUGACAAGGCCAAGAGCCCCCAACAUCUCUUUCUGUGGUUUCCGAAGGAAGGACAACGACAGUGGCACCGACAUCAAUACCGAGAAGGUCAACUUCAGCGCACACAACUAUCAGGCCGUCGACUUCGCGCAACUCGGCUUCUCCUGCCGCCGCGUCAUCCCCUUCUGUGGUUCCCGAGGGAAGGACUAUGGUGUUGACAUCAGCCGUGACAACGCCGGGAACGUCAAUUUGAACACAUGGCAUUAUGGCGCCGGUGUCGUCUGUGCAUGGGGUUUCUGUUGUUGCCUCUCCAUCACCAUCACCUUCGCCGGUGCCUUGUGUUUCCGAGACAUCGACAACCACUUCGGCAUUGACAUCAACGGUUUCCGUAACCUCAGCAUCGACACAGACGACCACAGUUCCACCAGAGCAUCCAGAAUUAUCGCCAUCGCCAUCGCCGCCAUCGUCACCACCAUCAUUGUCGCCGUCAUUGGCGCCAUUGUCGCCAUCUUCACCGCCGUCACCGCCAUUGUUAUCGCCGUCAUCCCCGUUCUCACCGCCGUUGUCGCCGUCACUGCCACUAUUUCCUCCAUCCCCAUCACCAUCGUCUCCAUCACCAUCACCUCCAUCACCAUCGCUUCCAUCACCGCCCCCGUCAUCCUCAUGAUACUCAUCAUCCCCAUGUCUAGUCGCCAUCUUCGGCACCUCAAAGCCUCGGGCAGCGAGCAUGCGGCCGAGCAACGAGCAGGAAAGUUUGUCUCGAUUGACGCACUUGGGCACCAACUCAGCUGGGGAGCGGCGAGAGAUGGGUGCCACGGGAGCAGCGAGCCCGACCGCCGCGAGGAGGGAGAUGGUGGUCAGAAGGUGAGCUGCAAACGUACCUUCAUCGUUGCGAUUGUUCAGCGAGCUUGA